CACGGACAGUGACUCUGUCCUACACCAGAUGUGAAGGCUCUAACGGCUGGACAUAGCCUUUCUCGACUCUCUGUUGAACGUCCGGAUUGAAUAGAUCUGCAUUGCUCGAUCGACGGCCACUCAGAAACUUGGAAAUGUCCCGCUGCAUUUCCACCAAGACUUCACACCAUCUCUCCGUUGACGGCACUUUCGAUGCACUCUGACGGUCCCACCGUCUCUAGGAAGUGUCGAAAUACGGCUUAGAAAAGGAUGGAUGAAAGAACAGGGGAAGGAGGGACUCAUCCGCGUCCGUCCCGCGUUGGCCCCUUACUCUCGCACCCGCGGCGGAUUCGUUCUUUGGCUCUCACUACCCGCCUCAAAUAUGGCUGCGCCUGAUUCACUUCUCAGUAUGAUUAAUUUCCUGGGACUGGGACUGAGCAUAGCAGCUUCGGUGAUGACACUGCCGCUGCUGUAUGCGCUCUGCUACCUGUUCUGGCACCUCGGGUGUACAGAUUGCACAUGAAUCGAGUCAGCCUGAGGCUUUUGUCUUAUGCAUUGAUAGCGUAGCGAGUCUCCUCAGGCUCAUGGUUGGCAUCAGAUUGACGGACUGAGAACAGUUUAGUAUGUGGCGUCACAAUGUGUGUCUCAUCCAGCAUCACUCGACCUGGUCCUUUCUGCACUUUAUCCGCGUUCUUGAUGACCGCUGGCUUGCUCUUUUCAUGCAACAUGCUCUACUGCAUGGCUCUCAAUCUGCACUUGUUCUGGUACACCAUCUGAAAGGGCACAUGUUGGAAAAGUACUACGUCCUCGGUUCCCUCAUGCUAUGCGCCAUCUGCACCGUGACCCCACUCGCUGCAGGCCGAUUCGGGUGAGUUCUGUUGCCGAUUGAGUCUGAACGUAACAAACGCUGCUGCCUUCAGGUGGUACGAAUAGAACGCCACUUGCUGGUUUCGCUCAUCGGGCGAGUCGGUGCUCCAUUGGCUGAUUGGCACCCAAUCAUUCUGGGUUCUCUUGAUGUCUGCGGGCGAGAUCGCUGUGUUCUGUGUAAUUCUGAGUUAUCUGAUCUCUUAUGAGCUCAUCACGAGGCGGGUGCGCGUGAGAUUAGCCGACGAUGACAUGUCCGUGGCUGAGUCUGUUCGCCCCAAAUCGCCUAUCUUGAUGUAUCGCCAGUUGAUUUUCCGGAUCGCGCUGUACCCGCUAGCCUCUUGGCUGAUGAAAUUUUCGACGGUCAUAAUGGAUCUCGUCAUUGUUGGACAGGGCGCCAACCAAGUUUGUGCUUCUCUUUCCAAUGACUGGAGCGAUGAAUGACUCGCUGUUCAGAGUUGGCGACUCAGUAUGGCCGACCUGGUGGUGUAUGCUGGUCGGAUAUUCAUCUACGCAGCUCUUGCUGCGACCGACCCGCUAUGCCUGGCACGAGUCGCGCCGUCCCUGAUUCGAGCUGACCUCUCUCCUCAGUCGUUCAUCCGCGCGACUCUGGCACUGCGCCGCCCGAACGAGACGUGGUCCGUCCAACAAGGUGUCGCGUUUGAGAUGGCCAAUCCUGUGGGGGUGUCGCUCUCUUGUGUGCCUGAUUUGGAGCACGAGCUCCAAAGUAUGACAUUUGCGGACAACCCCUUGUUUGGCCAAGACAAGUCAACAUCGGACUCUACACAGUCCGAUUUGAGGAAACUGUCAUGUCAAUUUUAGUCGCUAUGUCUCGUUUUGGAUUCGUAAUGUACCUUCUGCAUCUCGGUUAUGGGAGCGAGAGUUGUGUAUGUUCGUGUAAGGAUGUGUGUGCUAGAUUGAGAGAUAAGAUGAGGUAGAGUAGAUUGACUUGGUGAUGGCACUAGCUGCUGACAAAAUGUCAGCCGACCCUGCAUUCUGCUGUGCAGUGCUCAGUCAAAAGUGUGAGAAGCCGAUGCCAACUCGAACGAUGAUCAGUACUGGGCUCCGCACAUGGUGUUACGAUUGACGAAUUCGCUGUGAGAUCUAGUCACCUGACUUGACUGUUGGCAGGGCUGCUGGCCAAAAAAUGGUUCCGACUUGACUCCCAUGUGACAGACCCUAUGCCCCUUGGCUUACCCUGGACUAGGUCUCAGUUUGUAUCACAGCUACAGCUGAUGUGGGACUGCCGUCUCGAACGAUGACUCAGCAUAGAGCAUCGGCCAACGUAGUGCCCCACCUGUGCUGAGCUGCACCUCAGCACGGCGCUGCAGCAACUGUCCCUAACAGGGAAAGGCCUCGGAGAUCCGUGUGUGUGUAGAAUGCAGCUAUAGGCCACACAUUCUGUCUCGCAUUCUGCUUCUACCCGACAACUCAACAUGCCCUCGUUCGGAACCGUCGACUACUUGGUCCUCGGAUUGACGAUCCCCGGCACGGUCUUCGCCUUUCUCGUGCUCUGUGCGUUUGCAUAUGUGGCGUGGAACCCGAUAUCGAGGGUGCACAUGAACCGAGUCAGUCUGCGACUGCUCGUGUAUGCGCUUGUAGCCACCUGUAUAUUCGGGGCAGCCUACUGCAUGGGGACGGAAUUUGGCCGUCACCCGAGUCCGCAGUGCGAUUUUUCGGUAUUCUUGAUGAACAUUAGCUUGCUGUUCUCGUGCAACAUGUUCUUUUGCAUGGCGCUCAAUCUCCAAUUGGUUCUCGUGCAUCACGUACAGUGGAAGAACCUAGAAUUGUGCUACAUGAUCGGCUCGUUUUUGCUGUGCGCGGCGUGCACUAUCCCGCCUUAUGCCGCUGAACAAUUCGGUUGGUCAGAAGCGAUGCAGUCGUGCUGGUAUCGGACCUCGUCCGAUGCGACUAUGCUCCGCUGGGUCAUCGGCACCCAAUCCUUCUGGACGCUCUUCAUGGUGACGGGCGAACUGAUCGUGUUCUUCGUGAUCAUGGGCUAUCUGAUAUCCUACGCGCUGACCAUCCGCCGCUACCGGCGCAAACCCACCGGGGCGAACUCCCUUGACGGCAUCAUUCCCGAGCCCAAGUCGCCCAUCGUGAAGUACCGCAACCUCAUCAUCCGAAUAGGCAGGUUCUGUCACCGCGCGGCACCGAGCCCUCGACUAACGCAUGCGCGCAGGACUGUACCCACUCGCGUCGUGCCUGAUGAACCUGUCCACGGUCGCGUUGGACCUCAUCGUUGCAAAGAGCACUGCAGGCGAACAUCCAGCACAGCUGCUGGAGAUGGUCGACCUCGUGCUCUACGCCUGUCGGCCCUUGAUCUACAGCUUGAUCGCAGCGACGGACCCGUCGUUCCUUCGCGCCGUCUCGGCGCUGCGGCGGGCAGGAAGGGAAUCGUCUGUCGAGCAAGCGCAGAACAUCACCUUCCAAGCGCACAGCCCGCCAGGCGCGUCUAUCUCAUCGUCGUCCUCGACGAUGCCCGAGCUCAGCACGCAGGACGACCUGCGCUCGAAGGAGAUCUUAGAGAUCUCGUUGCCGGGCACGAGACAGAGCAGCAGUGCUGCUACAGACGACGAGGACAAGGAUAUCCCUGCACAUUUAUGACGGCGGACUCUGUGUGCGUAUGGGAUUAUGUUACUAGCAGUAUAAGUUCAGUGCGACUUGUGGUACGCCUAUAAGAUUAUGUAUAAGAUAUGACCUGUACUAUUAUCGGAUCCUUCUACCCUCCAACUGUGCUAAAGCAGAGAGGGGAAGGGUAGAAACCAUUUAUCGGAUCUGGAUCGCCUCCUCCCCGGCUUUCACUGCACUAGAGCAAAGCAGCGCUUCCGGAGCUUACCGGCAUCGAUAUGUACAGUACAUGAUCAGAGAGCGAUACAUGGAGAGCAA